AUGGCGAUUCGCUGGAGAGUUUCGCCUGGAGAAGGGACAGGUGCCACAAUGUCGGAUGAUGAGGAUGAUCAAUUGGAUGAUAGUGAUAUGAAUUUGUUCGAUGGAAGCUUUGAUGGUGCUGACAAUAUCAUUGCCGAGGUCAUCAAAAUUGAUGAAGUCGUUAAGUACGAACGAGGUGGUCAUGAAACGACUAGGCUUAACACAUCUCGUGGAGAAACUAUGGAAUGUACACUGUGGAACCAAUUUGCUAUUCAAAUGCUUGACUUCUGGAAGUCCAAAAAAGAUGAGCCGGUUGUCAUUAUUCUCCACUAUGCUAUGGUUAAACGAUGGGGAGCGCAAGUGAAUUUACAAAAUUCACAUUUUGCAAGUAAAUUCAUAAUAAAUGAAGAUAUGGAUGAGAUAGUUAAAUUCAUGAAG